AUGACACUUCCAGACGUCCUCAUCACAGGCGGCUGUGGCUUCGUCGGCGCAGCGAUCGCCAGAGCCAUCUCAGAAAAGCACCCGGAGUGCAAAAUCUCCAUCCUGGACAUCAACGCCCCUGGUCCCAGCCAUCGAGUUCCAUCUCAAGCUAUUUUCGUGAAAGUGGAUAUCACUUCCACUGCACAAGUCGAAAAAGCUAUGCGCCAGAUCCGACCCGCUAUCGUGAUUCACACAGCUGGCAUUGUGCCUGUAUUAGCGGAGCGGUUUGGUCGGCGGGUGCAAAGCGCGGUAUGGAAGCUGAAUGUCGAAGGCACAAGGAUUAUGCUCGACGUCUCGAAGAAAUUGGGAGUCAAGGCAUUCGUAUUUACGAGUAGUUGUUGCGUGCUUAUAGAUGAUAUGCGCCUACCAUACAGGAAUGUUACCGAAGAGUGGCCCACCUCGCAAAAUUCACUGAUUUAUGGCGAAUCAAAGGCAGCUGCAGAAGCACUAGUUCUCCAAGCCUCUUGCGCCGAAAUGGCGACCUGUGCACUCAGGCCAUCUGUCCUAACGGGCCCCGGAGACUACCAACUCCUCCCAGCAAUUCACGCUUGCAUCGCCAAAGGAGAAACUCCGUGGGUAGUCGGCAGCGGCCUAAACUACUGGGACGUAACUCUAGUUCAAAACGUCGCAGAUGCACAUGUCCUAGCGGCUGAAAACCUGGUUUCGUCAACCAAAACAGCGGCUGGAGAAGCUUUCUUCAUCCAGAACAAUGAGCCCAUCACUUUUCGAGAUUUCUGCCUGACGAUAUGGAGGAACUUUGGACACUUCCCCCCUUUCACGGUGCAUAUCCCCGAGUCGCUUGCUUGGCUAGCCGGCUUGAUAGCUGAGUAUUAUACUUGGUUUACCGGGACACCUACAACGCUUAGUAGAGGCAGUGUUCACGACGCAUGUCAUAUGAGAUAUGCAAGUGGCGAGAAGGCACGGCGUAUACUUGGCUAUGAAGCUACGCUGGGUCUUGAGGAGGGGAUCAGGCUUAGCUGUGAGGUACGUAAAUCUUUCUGUGAACGCAAUGACAAAUAA